AUGUCAAGUCCCAACUACAAAGAUAGACGCGAUUCUGCGAACUCUCGUCAAGCCUUUGAUGCUCAAUCUCAACAUGAACCUGACAUUGAUCCUGAUCUUGACUCGUCUUUGUUAGGUAUCGACAACAAUAUGGAAAGCAGAAGCUUCAUGUCUGGUCACCCAAGUCACGGCAUGGCUCAGUCCCCAGCCAGUGGUUAUACCAAUAGUUCCACUUCGAGAAUUUCUAACAAUGUACAAGGCAACACUACGCUGGUUCCUCAGACCCCGACACCUCCAAUGAAGCGCCAACACACUGGGAGCGGCAAGGGUUCAUUAACUACUCCUCAAAAGUUGCAGUAUGACUCGUCUAACAGCAAUCCAAGCAAUGUCGGUGGUCCAUAUACUCCACGGAACUACAACAACACCAGCUUUACCACUGCCAACUCUCCCUACCACAUGGCCCCGGGCCCUCUCAACAUGGCUGCUGCUAACACUAUGCAGCGUAUUCCAGAUCUAAACGGCCUCCUUAGCACACAGUCUCCCCAACUCUCUCAAGACUUCUUGAACAUGAAUUCGACACAUCAACAGCACCGUAGCCUGGGAUCAUUCAACCAGCCUACGAGUAUGGUCAAUUCUCAAUCUCCUCGAGGCCGUCAGGACUUCAUGAGUAUGGCGGACAUGUCUCACCAGCGCCGUGGCUCACAAGUUCCCUUCAAUCAAAUUCGCUCUUACCCAUCAACUGAUGAUGAUCUCGCCGUGGGAGUCUUCGAUUCUGGCUUUAGUCUAGAGACAUUUCAAGACCAAGGGCAGGACUGGAAUAUGCUUGGUAACAAUAAUCAACAAGGUUUUAGCGGUGGUCAAUCGAUGGACAAUCGGGACAUCCAAUUCGGCAACAACGAGCAGAAUCUGCAAUAUCCAAGUCCAACUACACUUGCCAAUCAACCAGGUGGUUACACGUUUGAUCAACAAAACACAGCUGACUCUGAGGACGAAGAACUUGAUGAAUACCAGAAUGACGGUGACGGUGACGGGGAUAGUGAUUACGAAGCUGGAAAAGGCACUCCCUCCACUUCAAAUACCCUACACAGCAGCUCUCGUUUGGGCCCAAUUGACCAAAUCUCAAAGUACCAAGGAAUUAUCAAGAGCGAGGGUGGUUACAAGGCUUUACUGGCAAAGCGAGCCAAGGCUGCUAAGGAUUCGGUGUCUAGAGGCCGUUUAGACACUGGCCCAACAGACAACGGAGAGAUCCUUGAGUACAUUCAGGAACUUUUCGACGCCUUCAUGAAUACGGUUGGCAUUGUGGAUAAGAAAGCUCAGGAUGGAAGAAAAGCCCAAGCAGCUCGUCGCCUGGAUGAUGAUUAUUAUUCUGCGGAGGUUGUUGAGAUUGCUUGCUGGGAACUUUUUAUCAAAUGCAGACAGUCUUGCAUGGGAAUCAGACUCGUGGAUGCUUAUCACAAGACAAAGCGUGAAGGCAAUGACGUUCAUAAAACCUUCAAGGAGCGUUGGGAUGCUAUCAUUAACGCUUGCCAGCACUCAAAGGCAGUUUGCAAACAGGUCUUAGAUCCAUUGUAUGUUGACCGCUUAGUUGACGCCCCAGAAGCUCAACUUCAGAUGAAGCUGAACAACAAAAAGAUCAACGCCGAGAGAGACAAACAAAACAGACUCGGUCGCAUGGCUAUCAAGAAUGGAGUUAGUCUGACUGACAUUCCAGGCAUGGUAAAGGAGGAAGAGACAGAGGACGGCAUUGUCACACCAUCAAAGAGACCUGCUCGCCAACGGGGCUCUGCUGCGAAGCGACGAAAUCUCAAGCAAGUCAAGUACGAAUACCCUGAUGAGGAAGAAGAAGAUGGUGAUCCAACGUACGAGACGCCUGUCAAGAAGGAGCGAGCAGAUCCUAUCACGGUAUCAUCUCGUCCUGUCUGUACACCUCGGAAGAAAACACCUCGCAAGGCCACCACAUCUUCUGCGAAAUCCAAGAAAGUAUCGGAGUACCCAAAACCAACCCCUGAGUUGGAGAUGGAAUACUGCGUAGCAAUUUGCGAUCUUUUGAAGAUUAAUCGUCAGUUUGCACAGGAAUUUACACUUGAGCAACUUCAGGUUUUCGCCAGACCAUAUAAUGGUGAGCAACGUGAUGUACCAUGGUACCAUGAAUCCUUCGUUAAAGGUCAAUACGGUCUUGGCCACCAGAUGUUUCACGGAAACGGCAAGCUCAUCCCGCAUUUCACCUGGAAGCUCCGUGAAUUGCGAAUUUUGGCCAUCGCCCGUGGGGAGUUGGAGGAAAAUGGCGAACACAUCCCUGACCAUGAGGUUCAAUACUACACCGUAUCAGAAGAUCCUGAACUGAAGAAGAUCCUUGGCAUUACUUUCAAUGCUUUCGGCAUCAAGAUCUUCAACGAACCACACCCUCGCGAGGCUUCCUCCUCCUAA